AUGGUCAGCUCCUGUUGUGGCUCUGUCUGCUCUGAGGAGGGCUGUGGCCAAAGCUGCUGCCAGCCCAGCUGCUGCCAAACCACCUGCUGUCAGACCACCUGCUGCCGCCCCAGCUGCUGUGUGUCCAGCUGCUGCAGGCCUUCUUGCUGCAUUUCUAGCUGCUGUAGGCCUUCCUGCUGUCGCCCAAGCUGCUGUGUGUCCAGCUGCUGCAGGCCCUCUUGCUGCACCUCUAGCUGCUGUCGCCCUAGCUGCUGCCGCCCCACCUGUUGUAUUUCUAGCUGCUGCAGGCCCAGCUGCUGCCGCCCAAGCUGCUGUGUGUCCAGCUGCUACAGACCCCAGUGCUGCCAGUCUGUGUGUUGUCAGCCCACCUGCUGCCGCCCCAGCUGCUGCCGCCCCUGCUGUGGUAGUUCUAGCUGCUGUGGAUCUAGCUGCUGCCGUCCUACCUGUUGCAUUUCCAGCUGCUGCCGGCCCAGCUGCUGUGUGUCCAGCUGCUGCCGCCCUACCUGUUGCCAGACCACCUGCUGCAGGACCACCUGUUGCCGCCCAGCAUGCUCUAGUGGUUCUUGCUGCUGA